CGCAGCUUUGGCAUCCAUUGCCACCUAUUGCGUUGCGGUACGGCAAAUGACUGAGAGCCGAAAGUCGGCGUCGCCACGGGCAUCAACCAUUCCAGAAGAUCAGGUGGAUGACAUUGACUUGCCAUUUCCCGACGAAGGUCCGGGGACUCAAAUGGUGGCGUCGGUGUCGUCCGCCUCCAUCUUGUCCAUCACCUCCGAGAUGUCGGUGGCCGAGAAGGACAAACUGCCGCUUGCCAGUCACUUGGCCAAGGCCGCCAAGACUGGCGCGUCCAACUUUCUCCUGGCGUACAACAUUCGAGCUGGAAUCGCACUCUUGUCUCGCAUUGUCCAGCUCAUCCAGAAGCGGUACCUCACAACGCUCUCAAGCAAUGCACACGAUGGCGUGUCAACCACAAUGUCCAAUGACCUCGUAGAAAGUUCCGAGAUCUUGUCGAUUUGAACUCGCUCUUGUCAGAAAAGCACCUCAACUUUCGAGUUGAGGCCGUGUCCAUGGGCCUUUUCAUAGGGUGCUUCACCGGCGGCUAUGAAGCGCUCCAGGCAAUUCUUCGUAAACUGCGGCCUGACUUACGACAUGCCACUCGCACGGUAGUCUCUGGAGUCGUGGCGGGCUCUGGUGUCCUUUGCCUCGACCCUAGUCGGCGUCGGUCGUUGGCCUUGUACACGUUUGUGCGCGCGCUGCAGUCUGUGUACAACAUCGCCAAGGCGAGAAACAUGUGGCACUUUUGGGGAAGCCACUGGCCUCACGGUGAUGCCCUCUUGUUUGGCGUCACGAGUGCACAGGUCAUGUACUGCUUCAUUCUGCGUCCAGAGAUUCUGCCCAAGGAGUACUUUUCUUUUAUACACCGGGCAGGACCAGUUGCAGUCCGAGUGCUCCAGUUCACACAGCGCAUUUUGCGUGGCGCGACUGUCGAACCUUCUGAUGUGAUCCGCUUUCUCGACGACAAGGCGUCUCCCGUCGUGUAUACCAUCACGCACAACCAUCCAGAGAACUUGCCGUGUUCACUCAUUCACCACGGGUCGUCGUCAUGCACUGUGGGGUUUGGCAUGACGUUUUGGAAAGCUGCCCGCCGGACGUUCCCACUGUACCUGUCGUUGAACAUUGUGCCUCGAGUGGUAUUGCGGUUCCACCGCUUCCUCAAGUCACCCGUGACGACUCUGAUGAAGGGGAUGUUGGGCGGGUUUCGAUCCACGGCGUUUUUGGGCACGUUCGUUGCUUUGUAUCAAGCAACGGUGUGCGUGCAAAAAGCAUUGUUUCGCACAGAUUCAAAGGCCACGUACUUUGUCGCAGGCUUGGUUGCGUCGACUUCUAUUCUCCUGGAAGCCAAGUCGCGCCGAUCUGAACUGGCAUUGUAUGUCCUACCGCGAGCCCUUGAUCUUCUCUACAUCACGCUACGCGAUAAGCGCGUGUUGUCCGACAUGCCAUACGGGGAAGUGAUCUUGUUUGCGUGCUCGAUGGGGACAAUCAUGUUCUGCUACGAGCACGAAAAGCAGCAUUUGAGUCCAUUUGUGGAAAGAUUGCUCGACCGAUUCUUGCACUCUAGAGUGAAGUCACCCACAAGUUAGAUCGCAAUACUUCCACUGGAAGCAACCUCUUUAGUCGUUCACAGUUGCAACACUUACUUAGCCACAAACAUUUCACUGCAGUAUGAGCAUCUCCCACGUAGCAAUGCAUCGCCUCAUCGUCGU